GCGGCCGUGAAGUGUCAUGUCGUCCGCGGCGCUUCUUGGCUGACUUUCCCCCUCUUUCUGCGUGUGUGGAGCGGCGCCGGAGCGCAGCGCGGAGAGGACAGCGGACCUCUGGAGUCCCAGAGCGGCUGCACGGACCGGGACGGACGGACGAGGGGAGCGGGCAAUCCCGACUGUCUCCGCAAAGUUUGAAUCAUCACACUGAGCUGAAUCCGCGUCGGAGAUGACAGGGGGCUGUUUGUGGACGACCGGGCUGCUUCUCGCCGCUGUGUGUGUGGAGGUUGCAGUAUGGGCCAAUGAUGGCGAAGCAGUGUUCAUCAGGGAGUUCACUCUGAUUCGCCGAGACCACCUUCCAGAAGAGCCUCUCCAUGAUGUCGGCCAAAAACCAGAAGACCCCAGCUCGCGGACGGCCCGAUCAGAAGAGGACAGAGACACUCUGUGGGAUGCCUGGGGCUCAUGGAGUGAGUGCUCCCGUACCUGCGGAGGAGGCGCCUCCUACUCCCUCAGACGAUGCCUCAGUUCCAAGACCUGUGAAGGGCAGAAUAUCAAAUAUCGCACAUGCAGUAAUGUGGAUUGCCCUCCCGACGCCGGUGAUUUCCGUGCCCAGCAGUGUUCAGCUCAUGCCGACGUGCGAUUCCAGGGUCAGUACCACGAGUGGCUGCCUGUGUACAACGACCCGGACAACCCCUGCGCUCUCAAGUGCAAAGCCAAGGGCUCGGGCCUUGUGGUGGAGCUGGCCCCCAAGGUGCUGGAUGGGACACGCUGUUACACCGAGUCCUUGGACAUGUGCAUCAGUGGAGUCUGCCAGAUUGUAGGUUGUGAUCAUGAGUUGGGGAGCACGGUAAAGGAGGACAACUGCGGUGUCUGCAAUGGAGACGGCUCAUCCUGCAGACUGGUGCGAGGACACUACAAGUCCCAGCAUGCUUCAGGAAAAACUGAGGACACAGUUGUCGUCAUCCCCUAUAAGAGUCGCCACGUACGUCUCGUCCUGAAAGGCCCGGAUCACUUGUAUGUGGAGAGUAAGACGCUGCAGGGGGUUAAAGGUGAACUGCUCUUGGAUAAAUCAGGCCAGCACCACCUGGAGAACACCACCUUGGACUUCCAGAAACUCUCAGAUAAGGAGGUUUUGAGGAUCACCGGCCCGCUCGGAGCUGAUUUCACAGUCAAAGUGCAGUUUGCCGGUGGAGCAGACAGUGUGGUUCAGUACAUCUACUACCAGCCCAUCAUCCACCGCUGGAGGGAGACGGACUUCUUCCCUUGCUCCGUCACGUGUGGUGGAGGGUACCAGCUAACAUCAGCAGAGUGCUUUGACCUUCGCAGCGGCCGGGUGGUUGUGGAUCAGUAUUGCCAUUAUUACCCAGAGAACAUCAAACCUAAACCCAAGCUCCAGGAGUGCAACAUGGAGCCCUGCCUGGCCAGUGAUGGCUACAAGCAAAUAAUGCCAUAUGACCUCUACCACCCUCUGCCUCGAUGGGAGAGCAGUCCCUGGACCGCCUGCUCCACCUCCUGCGGCGGAGGCAUCCAGAGUCGCUCGGUGUCCUGUGUGGAGGAGGACAUGCAGGGUACCAUCACUCCCACUGAGGAAUGGAAGUGUCUCUACUCCCCCAAGACAGCUAUCCUGCAGCCCUGCAACACCUUCGACUGCCCCACCUGGCUGGCACAGGAGUGGUCGCCUUGCACAGUGACCUGUGGUCAGGGUCUGCGCUACAGGGUGGUGUUAUGCAUUGAUCACAGGGGACUACAUGCUGGAGGCUGUAACCCCACCACCAAACCCCACAUCAAGGAGGAGUGCCUGGUGACUGUGCCCUGUUAUAAGUCCAUAGAUACCCUCCCAGUUGAGGCAAAACCUGUGUGGCAUAAGCAAGCCAUAGAGUUGGAGGAGGAGAUCAUCGUUACGGAGGAACCAACCUUCAUCCCCGGUCCCUGGCAGACCUGCAGCAGGACAUGCGGCGCCGGGAUCCAGCAACGGACCGUCAAGUGCCAGGUGUUGCUGUCCUUCUCCCAGACGGUUGCUGAUCUGCCUGAUGACGAGUGUGAGGGGGUCAAACCUGCCACGAGUCAGCCCUGCUACCGAACGCCCUGCUCUGGCGUUUCGGGCAAAGGGAAAGAAAGCCAGAAGGAGGGAGAGGAAGAGGAGGAGUCACCCAAGAGAGAGGAGCUGCACGACUGGGAGUAUGAGGGGUUUACGGAGUGCUCAGAGAGUUGUGGGGGAGGUGUGCAGGAGGCUGUUGUCAUCUGCCUGAACAAGCAGACCAGGGAGGCGGCAGACCAGAGCCUGUGUGUGAGCUCCCGUCGGCCCCCGCAACUCCUCCAGGACUGCAAAACUCAGCCCUGCCCACCUCGGUGGGAAACAGGAGAGUGGAGUUCAUGCUCUACUACCUGUGGGGUUGGUCUGAUGACCCGGACUGUGGUGUGCACGCACCGGCCCUCUCGGGACAGCAACCGAACUCAGGUCUUGAGAGAUGAAGACUGUCAGAACCCCAAGCCCAGUCCAGUCCAAGCCUGCAACCGAUUCGACUGCCCUCCUAUGUGGGAUACACGUGACUGGGGACAGUGCUCCCGGAGCUGCGGUGGUGGAAUUCAAAGGAGGCAGGUCCUGUGCAAACAGCGGUUGGCAGAUGGCAGCAUCCUGGAGCUGCCUGACACCUUUUGCCCUUCCAAGAGCCCUGCAAACCAGCAGCACUGUGCCAAGCAAGAGUGCCCACCUCAGUGGGUCACAACUGACUGGUCCCAGUGUUCAGUUACCUGUGGUAAUGGCAUUCAGAGACUACAGGCAGUCUGCAAAAAACACGGUAAAGACGGGGGGCAUUGGACCGUAGACCCUGAGAACUGCUCCCAGAUGGCACGGCCCAACAGAAUCCGGCCGUGCUCCCUCAGGCUCUGUGAGAACUCUGUCAAGCCCGAUCCUACCAUACUGGCCCAGAGGAAGGUGUAUAUCCAGUGGAAGAAGGGCAAAAAGCUACACUUGGUAGUGGGAGGCUAUGCCUACCUUCUGCCCUGGACAACUGUAGUCCUUCGCUGCCCAACCCGGCACUUCCGCAAGGGCCAAAUCCAAUGGAUGAAGGACGGGAAACCCUUGGUCAGCCUUUCACACCUCUCCAUAACAUCACUUGGAUAUGUGAAGAUUCAGCAGGCUCGUGCAUCUGAUGCAGGGAUAUACACGUGUGUCGCAGGUCCAGCACAAGAGCAUUUUAUCCUGCAGAUAAUUGGCAGCAAGCAGAAGCUCUCUGUUCCAGAGUCAUGGCUCCUUGCAGAUGGCCAGCAAAAGGUUGGUCAAUCAGAUGUGGCCUCAACAGGAGAGAGAUAUCAGGAGCUACCCAUCUCCCUCAACCAAUAUGACAGCAUUGUUGAGCAUUUGCUUGAAUUUAAAGGCUCUCUCCAAGAUGAAAAGGACAUUAGUGAUAAACCACACUCCAGUGAAAAGAACAGGUCGACCCUGGAGGAUGAGAGCUCAGAGCUUUCAGGCCUGCUCGUACUCACUGCUGAUACCCACAGGCUAGACGAGAUCACGCACAACCUCUCUGAAGGCCUUGGUGGACCAGGGGGGGAACAACUAAUAGCACAAUUGCUCAGCGAGCUCACCGCGGCGCAAGACGAAACCAAUGAGUCGACUCUUCAUCCCCCGGACGGCGCAGAAUCCUCCACGCAAGGGCCCCUCCUUUACAAACCGAACAUCAAAGCCCACACAUCCAGGCCAAGAAGCCCUGUGAUAAUCCAGCGGUCCAGAAAGGUCACAGCGGUGCCGUCGUCGGACAUGACAGUUCAUGUGGGAGCACCGGUUUUGUUGCAGAAACCCAUUGCUAGUUUGGAGCUGAGGUGUGAGGCACUGGGGAACCCUGACCCAUCCCUAACAUGGACAAAGAAUGGAAAAGAGUUGCACUACAACAGCAGAGUAGGCCUGUUGCCUAGCGGCUCACUCAGGAUACAGUCUCCGAGCAAGGUGGAUGAGGGUCUGUACACCUGCACCGCAAGGAAUCGUCUGGGUUCUACAUCUCUUUCAUCUUGGCUGCAAAUUACAGGAGGCAAAGGAAGAAACUGUGUCCAGACGAAUGGUGUGGGAGCAAACGGCCCUGUUUGCUCUGAGAGGAGCAACAGCAGCCAGUCAGCUGAGCUGUGCCACGGACAAGCCUGCCCCUUCAGGUGGCGAGUGGAUCCUUGGUCACCAUGCUCAACCAGUUGUGGAGGUGGGUCGCAGACCAGGGCUGUCCGCUGCAUGAAGGGUCCUGAGGGCAGAUCAAGAGAGGCGGGGAGCCAGCACUGCCUUGGCGCAGGGAGGAGACCCUCUGACACCAGGCUGUGCAACCAACUGCCCUGUGCCAGAUGGGUCACUGCCCACUGGGGACUGUGUCACGGCCAAUGUGUGGGUCCCAGUCUGGCCACACAGCACCGCCAUGUUUACUGCCAAGGCACCAAUGCCACCAAAGUCCCCUAUAAGAUGUGCAGUGGAAUCCAGAGGCCCAUCUCCCUGAAGAACUGCUCCACGGAGGCCUGUGCCCUCCAUUGGCGCAUCGGCCCGUGGACGCAGUGCACGGCCACCUGCGGGCGGCACGGUUUCCAGUCACGCCAGGUGACCUGUGCGCACCGUCGGACUGGAAAGGCCACACGCGAGCAUCACUGCAUGUGGAGGCCUCGCCCUCACAGCUGGCAGCGAUGCAAUAUUCUGUCCUGUGGCAGAGCAGGGGAGUGUCGAGACAGCACAAGGUACUGUGAGAAGGUUCGACAGCUGGAGCUUUGCCCGCUGCCCCAGUUUAAGAGUCGCUGCUGUCAUUCCUGCAGAAACACCUGAGGCUGGGACAUACGAUGAGGGCCAUGGACAGCCUGAAUAGGUCAGGGGGGACGCUCAGACGGCCAACAGAGACUUGAAACCUCUAUGCCCCGUCCUUCCAUCCACAACUGUCUCCACUGAUCAGUCUUGGAUGGGAUACCUGAGUGUGGAGGAAUGUUUGGAUGGUCAUACCUAGAGUGGCUGUGAUCUGCUCUCCUCAAAGACACCAUGAGUGGGUUUGAAUUUGAAAAUUUUAGGAGCAGGUCUGUUGAUGAAGGCUUCAGUUUUACUUCCCGAAGCUCACGCCAGCAGCUUUCCUGAAUUAUGCAAAAGUGACUAAGAUACAUUUCCAUUGUUCGUCACAGAAACUCGUGGUGACUGCCUUGUUUCAUAAAGGGGAACUCAUAAAGAAGCAUUAUCCUGGUGACUGGCAAUAAAACUGGUAUCUGGUGUAGCUUCAGGGGUUUCCUCAAACAAGUGGAACAACAGUGUUGCACCACCACGUUCUGUUGUAGCACCGUCACUUCAUGUCUGAAUUAGGGUGCAUAUUAUCAUGCAGUUUAGCUUACAAUACACAAACAUGUAACUUCUUUUUUAAUUGAUUGACUUCAUACCCAGGGAUACUAGGAAGACCCCUGAGCUUUUAAUAACCACUGGAUAGGUGUGUGUUUGCCUUUUUUUCAAUGGUCUCCAAAACAGUGCUGAUAAAUAGUUUUGAUGCUAAAUAAGCUUUUAUUAAUGAGGUAUGUGCAAACUCUCGUUUUAAACUGAAAGACAGCACAAUGCUGCAUAUAAAUGGGAAAUGGCUAACAUGAAUAAAGCCUAUUAUUUGAGAAAUGGUACACAUUUGGUAUAAGCCACCUGGGAACUCGAUCUGUGCCGUCAGUUUUGGUCAUUUUAGCAUGUGUUGACUGCAGUGAUUGGUCAACUCAUUUAAAGAGGAAAGGAAUUAGGAAUGCAGGUGUUUAAGUGCAUUUUUGGCUGAAUAAAUGGUAAGACAUGAUUAAGAUGUAUCUUGCAUGGGUUGCACUACGGAGGUGUGUGACUGAAGCAAGUCAAUUUUUGGAAAAAAAAAAAAAAGAAAAAGAAAAAUGACACUUAUUUUGCACUCAACUCAUCCAAGUCUGUUAAAAACAUGGCUUGUAGAGUUUUUUUUUUUUUUUGUGUAAAGUUACAUUGUUUAUAUAUUUUGUUUUGUGAGUUCGGUAUUUCUUGGAAAGAUGUUUGUCAAAAUGUCCCUUUAACCACUUGUAAACGUGACAGCAUGUUUCAACGAGAGGUGAGCGUCACGGUUUUAUUCUGUCCACCGAAUAUUUUUGCUUUAAUGUGACAUUUUAGAAAAACAGCAGAGUUACGUUUGACACUUCUGAUGUAAUUCUUCUUCCUUAGACAGAUUUCAGUGUUAAUUGAACUUAAAGUAUAUAAAUACGACCUCUGUGUCAUAUUUGGAUCUUGGUUAGAACAGUUGGGAACUUUUUAAAGAUCGUCAUUAAUGUUUGCACUUUUAACAUUUUGUCCAGGGUUCCUCGAUUCUUCAUCAACAAGUGCAACACAUACCUUAGCAGGAGACUACUUGGCCUUUCAUUAAGGUGUGAUUAUUUGAUUUUAUGAGAGGAAAACAUCAUUAACAUAUUACUUAUGCUCUUAAGUUAUGUAGAUAUUUGUUUUGUCCUUUUAACUAUUUAUUUUCAUGCGUGUUCUUGUGCAUAGUUUUGUAAAUAAUUACAGUGGUGGGUUUAAAGUAUUCAUUUCCCCACAUUUUUUUUUUUUU